AUGGCGCGCACCAAGGAAGACAUCGCCGACACCACCACCCUCGCGCUCUUAGGAAAGAAACAAGUCCUCAAACGGCGGUUCGGCUUCUGGUCACUAUUUGGCUUCGCCGUGUGCGAGCUGAUCACCUGGGAAACUGUCCUCGCGCUCUUCAGCCAGGGGUUUGACAAUGGCGGCCCCGCGGGGUUGGUCUACGGCUUCAUUAUUGCGUGGUCCAGCACGCUGUCCAUCUACACCGUCAUCUCCGAGCUCGCAUCAAUGGCCCCGAUCGCCGGAGGUCAAUACUACUGGGUCUACAUGCUCGCGCCACCGCGAUGGAAGGUGUUCAGCAGCUACAUCAUUGGGUGGCUAACCUCGUUGGCGUGGAUCGCCACCGUGGCGACCGAGACAAUCUUCGCGGGGACUAUAAUCCAGGGCCUGAUCAUCCUUGACUACAAGGACUACGACGCUAAACGGUGGCAUGGUACGUUGCUGGCCUGGCUGGUCAUGGCCGUCGCCGUCUUCAUCAACGUGGUGAUUCCCGGGGCGCUGCCCAAGUUCGAGAUCUUCAUCAUCGUGUUCCACAUCGCGGGCUUCAUCACCAUCAUCGGCGUACUCUGGGCCUACGCUCCACACAACUCGGCCCAUUUCGUCUUCGCGACGUCGCUCAACGAGGGUGGCUGGCCCACCCAGGGUUUGUCGUAUUGCGUCGGCUUUUUGGGUAAUGUUGCGACCUUUGUUGGCGCCGACGCGUCCGUCCACAUGGCCGAGGAAGUAGAGCACGCGGGACGAAACAUCCCCCGAGCAAUCAUUGCAAGCAUGUGCAUCAAUGGGCUUGUCGGCUUCGUCAUGAUGCUGACAGUGCUCUUCUGUCUGGGUGAUGUGGAUUCCGUCUUGGAGACGGCGACAGGUUAUCCAUUUAUCCAGAUCUUUUACAUCAUGGGUGCCAUCGUGCUGGCGCUGACGUGGGCAUGCGCGACGGGCAUCACCACCACGGCGUCACGAAUGACCUGGUCGUUUGCGCGUGACCGAGGCACCCCGUUCAGCAAGCCGCUGAGUUACGUGUCGCGGGUCCGCAGGAUCCCUGUUGUGGGCGUCCUUGUCGUGGUCGGGCUUGCAGCCCUGCUGACGCUGAUCAACAUCGGGUCGUACACGGCGUUCAACGAUGUUAUUUCCCUCACUAUCACAGGCUUCUACUGCUCGUACCUCCUGCCAGCCGCAUUCCUGCUGUGGCACCGCUUCAAAGGCCAUAUCGCCCCGCACAAACAGGAUACUCCGGGCCUGGCGAUCGGUGAGGACGGGGCCGUGAUCGAAGAAGACGGUGUGGCAACCACCACUUCGAAGCAGCAUGAGGGAGAGAAGACCGUCACACCGCCUGAUGUGAUCGGAGAGGAUCCUAAGGUGCUCGAGUCCAACAAUGGCGUUGGCCCCAUCUACGCGGCGCCGAGCGCAGAUCACACGCACGACGGUCCGCCACGACGACCCUCGCUGGUCGCGCUGCCGCAGCUGCAAUGGGGGCCCUUCCACCUGCCAGAGCCGCUGGGUACCAUCAAUAACCUGUACGCGUGCGUGUACAUGAUCUUUGUCAUCUUCUGGAGCGUGUGGCCGCCCGUGACCCCCGUGGACGCUUCGACCAUGAACUACAGCGUGGUCGUGACGAGCGGCGUCGUCAUCUUCAGCAUCGUCUGGUACUGGCUCCGAGGCCGCAACGAGUACCACGGCCCGACAAUCGACGAUGAGGUCGCGAGCGUCAUGAGACUGGGAAGCUUCGUCGCCGUUUGA